UUCGUGCCGUACUUGCUGGGCUUGUCCGGCAUGAAAAUGCGCAUGGGGUUGAACUUGCUGCGAUUCGGCAUCAUUCCUUCGUCGAACGAGAUGACCUUCCCCAGCCGAUAUCCACGACGAAACGUUUUCUCGACUGCUUGCAGCACCGGUCGAAUUUUCCAUGCCUUGUCA